AUGGCCGCCAUUCCCGCGUCAACCAGCAGCAGCAGCAGCAGCAGGCGAGACCUCUAUCCGCCCAUCGAGCCCUAUUCCCACGGACGGCUGAGGGUGAGCGACAUCCACGAGCUCUACUACGAGUUGUGCGGCAACCCCAACGGCAAGCCCGUCGUCGUGGUGCAUGGCGGCCCUGGCGGCGGCAUCGCUGCCUACUACAGGCAGUACUUUGAUCCGGAGGCCUACAAGAUCGUCCUGUUCGACCAGCGCGGUUCGGGCCAAAGCACCCCCUUCGCCUGUCUCGAGGAGAACACGACGUGGGACCUCGUGGAGGACAUGGAGAAGCUGCGGCAGCACCUGGCCAUCGACAAGUGGCUCGUCUUCGGCGGCUCCUGGGGCUCCACCCUCGCCCUCGCCUACGCUGAGGCCCACACCGAACAGGUGAAGGGCCUGGUGCUGCGGGGCAUCUUCGGGCUGCGGCGCAGCGAGCUCCUGUUCUUCUACCAGGAGGGCUCCUCGUGGCUGUUCCCCGAUGCCUGGGAAAAGUACCUGGCCCCGAUUCCGGAGGUGGAGCGGGGAGACCUGAUGUCGGCCUACUACCGCCGCCUCACCGGCAACGACGACAAGGUCAAGCAGGAGUGCGCCACCGCCUGGAGCGUCUGGGAGAUGACGACGAGCCGCCUCUACGUGGACCCCGACUACGUGGCGCGGGCCGCCGAGGACGACAAGUUCGCCCUCGCGUUCGCGCGCAUCGAGUCGCACUACUUUGUGCACGGCGGUUUCUUCAAGGAAGACGGACAGAUCAUCAAGGAGGCCGCCAAGCUGGCCCACCUCCCCGUGACCAUCGUGCAGGGACGCUACGAUCUCGUGUGCCCCAUGAAGACCGCGUGGGACCUGCACAAGGUGCUGCCGUCGUCCGAGCUGGUGGUCGUUCCCGACGCGGGCCACAGCGCCAAGGAGCCCGGCAUCGUGGACGGACUGGUGCGCGCCUGCGACAAGUACCGCGACCUCUGA